AUGACGACGCCGUACAUGGCUCUUCCGUCGCAGGCGGCGCUCCAGGCUGCAUACGUGGGCCUGCCUCUGGCAGUGCUCCCGACGCCCAGCGUCGUCAUUGACGUGAGCAUCAUGCGCCGCAACGCCGAGCGCAUGCGUCGGGCCGUCGACCGGGCGGGCGUGCGCUUCCGCUGCCACAUCAAGACGCACAAGGCCGUCGAGGGCACGCGCGUCUGCCUCGGCGCUGAGGGCAGUGCGCCGAGCCAGCACCGCGCGAUCAUCGUCAGCACGCUGGCAGAAGCAUGGCACGUGCUGCCGCUCGUCGAGGAGGGCGUGGUGGACGAUAUCCUGUACGGCGUGCCGCUGCCGGUGUUGCGCAUCGCCGAAGCGCGCAGGCUGCGCGACACGAUGCGCUCCAGCACAGAUUGA